AGGGUAUUAACCUGUGAGCAGAAAUGAAAAUUUAGACGACGAACGAGGAAGAAAUAGAGAGACAGUGAGAGAUAUGUGGCUCCAACCGCAAGGGCAUUCGCAUCAUCAUCAUCAUCAUCACCAUCACCAUCAGCCCAAGCCAGGAGGAAAUGGGUUGGUUGCAGUUGCUAUAGACAAGGACAAGAACAGCCAGCACGCUCUCAGAUGGGCCACUGAACAUCUUCUCCACCGAGGAGGCACUGUCAUCCUCGUCCAUGUUGUCCACAAAUCGAAUUCCUUGUCCUCUAUGCACCACUCUGUCACUGGCGACGUGGGAUCUGCACAUAAGCAACAACUUGAGAAGCAAAAUAAGGAAUUGUUCAACUCCUUUCAUUGCUUCUGCACCCGCAAAGACAUUCAAUCUCUUGAUGUCAUACUUGAAGAUACAGAUGUAGUGAAAGCUUUGGUAGAAUAUGUUUCUUAUGCUGCCAUUGAGACUUUGGUUCUUGGGGCAACAUCAAAGCAUGGCUUUAUCAGAAGAUUCAAGACUUCAGACAUUCCAAGUCAUGUCUUAAAGGGGGCACCAGAGUUCUGCACAGUUUUUGUCAUCUCCAAAGGAAAGGUAUCUUCUGAACGAAAAGCUUCUUGCUCAGCGCCAUUCACUUCUCCUCUCCAUGACCAAAUAGAGAAUCUAGCAAAUGCCCACAAUCAAAAUUCCCACCACCACCACCAUUCUUUUUCUGCUGAAUCGCGCACCAACUCCAGGCCUAGUUUUAGUCUAAAAGAUAUAUCAGCUGGAUCAGAAAGGAAUACACCUCGCAAACAUCACGAUCAUCGUCAUUCUCGUCAUCAGAAUUUGCUUGACGACACAGACUCUGUGAAAUCACCAUUUUCUAGAGGAAGAGGCUACCAUGCAAAGAUGUUUGGAGAUCUCUCAGAAUCAGAUACUGACAUAUCCUUUGUGAGCCCGGGCAGGCCUGCAAUCACUGACCAUAUGGCUGUUUCACUUUAUGAUACCAUGGAAACAACAUCUGGCCGACCCUCUCGGGUUUCAACAAGCUCAGAUCACAGCUUUGGCUCAGUACGGUUGGGAUCCAGGUGGAGUGACUCCAGCCAUGCACAUGACUUUUCAUCCUCUUCCAUCGACAAUAGAACCUCGGUUUCCUCUCAACAGGAAGAUAUGGAAGCUGAAAUGAGGCGGCUGAAGCUGGAGCUUAGACAAACGAUGGAUAUGUAUAGUACAGCUUGCAAAGAAGCACUAGCAGCAAAACAGAAGGCAAUGGAUCUCCAUCGCUGGCGACUUGAAGAAGAACGAAGGUUAGAAGAGGCACGACUUGCAGAGGAAGCUGCAUUGGCAAUUGCAGAGAAGGAGAGAGCUAAGUGCGAAGCAGCUCAGAGGAUUGCAGAACUGGAAGCACAGCGCAGAAUAACUGCUGAAAUGAAAUUUUACAAGCAAGCUGAAGAGCAUGGACUAUCAGAGAGAAAUGAUUUUCGGUACAGGAGGUAUACAAUUGAGGAGAUUGAAACAGCAACGGAAUUUUUUUCUGAUUCUAGGAAGAUUGGGGAAGGGGGUUAUGGCCCUGUCUACAAAUGUUACCUUGAUCAUACCCCAGUUGCAGUAAAGGUUUUACGUCCAGAUGCAGCCCAAGGAAGGGCACAAUUUCAAAAAGAGGUUGAAGUAUUAAGUUGUAUGCGACAUCCUAACAUGGUACUCCUACUAGGAGCCUGUCCAGAAUAUGGCUGUCUGAUUUACGAGUACAUGGCUAAAGGCAGCUUAGAAGACCGCCUCUUCAGACGUGGGAAUACCCCUGCUAUCUCUUGGCAGCACAGGUUCAGAAUGGCUGCAGAGAUAACCAGAGGUCUGCUCUUCCUCCACCAGAACAAACCGGAGCCAAUAGUGCACCGUGAUCUCAAGCCAGCCAACAUUCUGCUUGACUACAACUAUGUCAGCAAAAUCAGUGAUGUGGGACUGGCCAGGCUCGUUCCUCCCUCCGUGGCUGACGAUGUAACACAGUACAGAAUGACUUCAACAGCUGGAACUUUCUGUUACAUUGACCCUGAGUAUCAACAAACUGGAAUGCUGGGUGUUAAAUCCGAUGUUUAUUCUCUGGGAAUUGUUCUUCUGCAACUGAUUACAGCCAAGCCAGCAAUGGGCUUGGCUCACCAUGUUGGAAGGUCUAUUGAGAAGGGGACAUUUGCUGAGAUGCUAGACCCGUCUGUGCCGGAUUGGCCUGUCAAUGAGGCCUUAAUCUUUGCAAAAUUAGCAGUGCAAUGUGCAGAGCUUAGGCGCAAAGACAGGCCAGAUCUUGGCAAGGUUGUUUUGCCAGAGCUUGAGAAACUCAGAGAUCUUGCUGAAGAAAAUAUGAGUCACUUCCUGUUAGGUGGCAGUGCAGCCCCCUCCCCCAACCACAGCCUCGUCUCCAUCUCACAGGAGGCCGGGAACAACGCCAUGCGUGCACAUUCAGGAUAUGAGAGCUCUAAAAGUUUCUCGAGCUCGUAUGAAUAGUUAGUUGAAGCUGUCAAAGGUUGCCCCAUAUACUUGUUAAGACAAAUAUAUUUCAUUACUAUUGCACAUAAUGAAGCUGAGAAUUGCAGCUUAGCUUCUCCUUUUUGUCUUUUGUUUUUCUUCGUUCGCAACAACUGGCUGAAUUCAGUACGAGGAGGUUAUGUUUAUGGAUACACUCUGCAAAUUUUUGUCAAUUUCUUUUUGGCCAGGUGCUCUCCCCUCUGUUCUUUUUUUUUUUUUUUUUUUGGGUUUUUGUUUUGAUUUUUUAGGUUAUUAGAUUAGAGGGGGACCCAUCGGAUGGACUCCCCUCAGUUUUUUUUUUUUUUUUUUUUUUUAAU